AUGGAUCAACGCGAGCUCGAGUCGCAGGUGAAACAGCUCACCAAGUGCAUUUCGGCCAACGAGGCACCUGAGAAUGCCCUCCGGAUCCUGGAGAUCCUUAAAAAGGAUGCUGCCCCCACGGAGGAAAUGUUGCGGGCUACCCGCGCAGGUGUCUUUGUAGGAAAGCUGCGCUCGAAUUCGAACAAGGAGAUCGCCCGCGCAGCAGCCGAGCUGGUAGGCAAGUGGAAGAAGCUCGUCGAGCAGGAGAAGAAGUCGAAGAGCAAGAUAAGCUCCCCGGCGCCUGCGCCCGCGUCGUCGCCCACCGUCGCUCCAGCAGCCGCGCCGGCCCCGAACGGAAACUCCAAGAAGCCCUUCAAGGGCGACCCCGAGAAGCGCAAGUUCGAUACCGAUGGAGUGGACAUCAAGCGCACCGGCUCCGACACGCGCAACUCGUGCAUUGGCCUCAUCUACAAUGGACUGGCUUACCGCUCCACGGAAUCCGAAUCCAGCGUGAUCGCGCGGGCCGUUGCCGUCGAGCAGGCCGCUUUCUCUCAGUUCAAGGGGGAGACAGCCGACUACAAGAAGAAGAUCCGAUCUUUGUUCUCCAACCUGAAGAACAAGUCCAACAAGGAGCUCGGCGUCAGGGUUAUGGAUGGGUCUAUCAGCCCUGAAAAGUUUGUGGUCAUGACCGACGACGAGCUCAAGAGCGAGAGUCAGCGCAAGCUCGAGGUCGAGUACGAGAAGGAGAACAUCAAGAAGGCCCAGGUUGGCAUGGCAAAGAAGAGUGUCAGUGAUAGUUUGGAGUGCGGCCGCUGCAAGCAGAGGAAGGUCAGCUACACUCAGGCUCAGACCCGUAGUGCUGAUGAACCUAUGACCACAUUCUGCGAGUGCACGAACUGUGGCAAGCGCUGGAAGUUCUCUUGA